AAACUUUAAAAGAAUUAUUUACAGUGUUUUUCUUUGGCACAAUAUUGUCUUUUGGUUUGUUAUAUGGAACUGAAGCGGCUUAUAAUAAGGUUAUCAAAUUUGUUGGAUAUUUAUGGCAAAAAACUGCAGAUAAAUUAAAAAACGAAACAAAUAUAAUCUCUUAUGCAAACUUUUUAAAAAAUUGGCGCAGUGUAAAUUUCCUCGUUCUUCCUGCAGUUGAAACUGCAGAGAAUUAUUCAACAAAUUUGACUUCUCAAACGAUUAGUCAAAUAAUUAACAAUGGCAAAUUAGAAAUAAAUCAUAAAGGAACUUUAUUAAUAUCUUCAUUAGAAACCACACUAAAUGCGAUUGCAAGAACUGCUAUCAGAUAUCGCGAUGAAAUUAGGGACGAUGAAAAUCUCUUUAGAUCCACUGAGCAAAAAGAAUUUGAAAUCCGAAAUGACAAUCCAAAUUCAACAGAUUCAGAUUCGAAGGAUAAGUCCCCUGCCGAUAAUAGUACUCAUAUUAUUAAAUCGCGUGCAUGGGAUAACGUAAGAAUUUACUCCACGAAAGAUGCAAUUGAAGCUUUUCGAUCUCAAUCUGAAAGAUACCUUUAUUCUAACGUUGCGCAUGAAGUUGGUGAUGGAGUCGGCCAAACUUCAGAGAAUGAAACUGAUCCUAAAUAUGUAUAUGCUUAUAAUACUCAUUCAAAUAAUAAUAAAGUAGCGACCUCUUCAUCGUCAUAUGGUAUUUCGACUAAUGAAAAUGUUCAAAGCCUUGACAAAAAAAAGAAAUCUCGAAUUACAAAUGAAUAUUCGGAUUUUUUUCAAUACAAUUUGUCUAGUCAAAGUAAUUUCUUCAAUUCGAUCGAUAAACUUAAUCUACCUGAAACAGUUAAUGAAUCAGACACAUAUUCAUCGGUUAAAAUUCAUCCAAUAAUUUGCUGGAAUGCAAUCGAACAAAAGUACAUCUUUUCCAAUCCAAAUGAAUGGCCUUCCUUUCCACAUAAGGCCAAAGUUGUAGGAUUCAUCGGGACAAAAAAGUCUGGACGUACUACAGCAAUUCAUAGUCUUUUAUUUGAAUUAGGAUACUCACUCACAGGAGAACAAAUAGCAAAAUCGUUAUUGCCAGUUGGUGUUAUGAUGUAUGUUUUGAAAAAGCAUAAUUUGAUAUUUCUGGACUGUUGUGAUGUUGCAGAUUCUGCCAUAAAUGAAGAUGGAAAUCCUGAUCAGAUUACAUUUACACAUGGGUUCCAAAACUCAAAAGAAUUUAUUUGGCAAUACAUUCCUGAAGAAAUGAUAGCCACCCGAACUCUCGCAAAUGACAAUUUUGCCUUUCCUACAGCAAUUCUAGAACGUAUCAAAGAAACUGAUCUUCAUGUACUUUCUAUAUAUUCGCAAGCUAUCUUGGCGGGAGUUACUUAUGAAUCUGAUAUCGAAAAUAAAAAUUUGAUCCCUUUUUACAAUGGAAUUGAAGCAUGUUGGAAAAGUCUUUUUACAGAAAUCAUGUCAAAUAAUAUCCUUUCCCAAAGUGUUACUGAUGCUAUUAAUCAUGAAAUAAUCCAAUAUGCCGAUGUACAAACAGGCGGUUUAAUCCAAGAGUAUAUUGAUUCAGUAAAUCAGCUUGUAAAAGAUGUAGAACCUUAUCUUCCGGUGAGAAUUCCUCCUCCAACUAGUGGUGAAAAUGAUCAAGCAUCGUUACAAUUAGAUGAGCAAUUUUAUCGACUUAAACAAAUGACAUAUUAUGGAAUAGCCGAAUAUUCAAAAAAAUGUGUUCAAGAAGCUGUAGAGCAACGAAAAUCAACCAAUAUGGAAAAUUUUUUGGAGGAAAUUAAACAUAUUGUAGACAAGCAAUUGACGGUUUUAACCAGAAAUGAACCUUUUUCAGCCCUAAAUGAAUAUCAACAAUUUGUUAUUGUCAGCACUGCUUUAACACGUCUUAAUACGGAUAUUGCUCUUUAUGUGUCUAGAUACAUAUUAGAUGAUAAAAAUAAACUUCUUAAUCUAUUUUCGCCGGAUUUAUCUGGUGAUAUGUUAGGAGGUUAUCAUGAAAUGAUUCGUAAUUAUAGAUGGUUGGCUUUACAAAGAAUUGCCAGCCUUGAAGAUAAUGAAUGUACUAACAACCUUAUUACAUGUGCCCUUCCCUGGAUUAUAAAUUUCUUAAAAAAAUUGCCGUAUGAUAGAGCAUCUAAAGAAAUUCAUUCAUAUGCAAUUCUUUUUGCAAACACUUUAAUUAUUGCUGAAAGCACCAUGCAAAAACGUCAAAAAAACGCAGAACAAAGGAAAAAUAAUAAAGUCUCAUCCCUUAGACAACCAGCAACCAUAAACGAUAUAAACAAAAAAAGGGAAAGAAUAGAAAAUGAUGAAGCAUAUGGAGAAGUUCGCAUGGGACUACUCUCACAAAAAUGUUUCAAACCUGUAUUUCAAAAAUUAUUACAUGAUUAUAAAUACAGUGAUCAAAAUAUAUAUCUUAAGUCAGAUAAUGUUCGACGUUAUGCACAAUAUAUUAAAAACUUAUUAUUUGCACCUCAUAAUUCACCAAUUCAAGCAUUAUCGCUUGACCAGAUUUCUACUUCCGAGAAAAACACGCUUCGAUUAAUGACCUUUAAAAUGGUAGACCUUUGUGUAAAAAAUUUUUGGGAACAUCAUCCAGAAGUGAAGGAACGCGCCACAUCAAGCCAAUUGUCGGUUAUCUAUAAUACACGUUCAUUGCUGGGGUUAUUAAAUCGAAUUUAUUGGAUAACAGCCGUGAAGAACAAAAAUGAAAAUAUUCAAGGAUCUUUUAUUAUUUUUGGAACAUCAACAAUUGCAACACCUGAACAAAAUAUUCAUUCACUUUCUUCCCCUAAUGAUUCAUCAGAAACUUUCGCUGACGAAAUGAUUCAACGUAUUGGUCUUAAUAAUUGGCAUAACCUUAUAUCUUUAACUUCUAUUUCACACGCUCUAUCUAACUAUAUUACUAAAAUUGAUCCUGAUAAUUCAUUAAACAUUCGUGAGGCAGUAUUUGAUAUACGAGAUGAAGCGUUAACACUUCUCUGGAAUCUUGCCGAAUGUAGUGGUAUUUCACUUGGAGUAUCAAAAAAAGUAAUGACCACUAUUGAUUUUCGAUCAGCAGAUGUGAUUGAUGGAUUUUCUAAUAUUUCAUCUUUUGAUGAAAAUGGAGUUAAUCGUGUUAAAUUCUUGGUUAAUCGUGUUAUUGGCAAAGUAAAUGCUAAGGAAGCCACAGAUCAAAUUGAAAUUACUACCCAAGAAUUAUCUAAUCGGUUUGUAAUUGGAAAAAACAGAGCUAUCGAAUAUAAAAAACGUGUAGAAAUUUCUGAGGAUAUUGAGAAGCAAAUAGAAGAACAAAGAUUGAAACCAGACGUUCAAGCAGUGAAAGAAGCCAGAUUAAAGAAAUUUA